CUCGGAUUUCCCCACAAUCAUUACGCAAGUCCAUCCCUGAAGAUCAUCUACACUUGAUGACCCUCUUCAUCCGAAACAGCACUUCCAAAAUUUCCGCUCAUUCCUGAACGCCAUUUCUGUCAGCUUCAAAAGUCUUGAAGCUCCCGUUCCUUACACAUGUGCAGAGAUUGAGAGGAAUCGGGAUCGAGGCGGAGAUGGCGCCUGCGAAGAGGAAGAGGAAUGAGAGAACCUCAGUCGAUGCAGGAGAGAACCGACCUUCCCCACAUCGACCGCAGAAUACGAACCUUGGCCAGCACGAUAGAGGCCAGGACAUGAGAGAUGGAGGCAGACGAUCAAGUCGCGGAGGACAAGGGGGACUUGGCGGACGGGGAGGGCGUAGGAAUGAUUCACGCGACAAUCCUAACAAGCUCAAUAUAAACCCAACUGUCAGAUCAACACCAGGACCAAUGUCUCCUCCAGCACCGCGACCUUCAAGCGCGACGCAAAUUGCGACACCUUCCACAGACCUUCACAGCCCUAUUCCCAAACCAGAUCCGGCGCCAUUCGACUAUAUGUUUCUCACUGAGGAACGAAUGGCCUCCUGGGAUACCACUGGUCGGCAAGAGGUGGUCCAACUAGGCAUGCAGGCACGACAGGACGAAGAUCCUAUGGAUCUGGCGUCGGUCUUCCAGGAAUUGAUACGCAAAACUCUAGAUGAGAAGUUAGAUCCUACGGAUGCUGGCAGUUGUGUGAAGGAUAUCCUCGGACCAGAUACAAUACCCGCAGAAAACACCUCCGUUAUUUUUGACCCCUCAACAUUCUUCCUGGAUACACUUUCAAUGAUAGUUGAGGCAGAUCAUCCCCAAAACACUCCAACCAGCCCAAGUCUUCGACCAUUCAUUGCCUCUACCGGAAUCUCGCCGAUGAUCAUGCGCCAGGUGCUUGAUGGUCGACUGCUUCAAGACAUAGGCCUAACUCGAGACACUUUCAAUCGUGUUGGCGUACGACAAGCAACAAAUCUCCUAUACCGACAAGCGAACUACAAUCUAUUACGGGAAGAAACAGAAGGAUACUCGAAACUCGUCACUGAACUCUUCACAACAAGCGGGAGCGAGCCACCGUCUGCCGAGGUGGUCGAGGACACAUUCGAGAGGGUGAAAGGCUUGAUAGGCACAUUCGACUUGGAUGUAGGAAGAGUCCUCGAUAUCACACUCGACGUUUUUGCAGCAGUUCUCAUCAAGCACUAUCGAUUCUUCAUCAAACUCCUGCGCGUCAGCUCCUGGUGGCCAAGAAUUGGGGAUGGAGAUCUGGUCGUCGCAUCCGCAGGCUUGCCAACAUGGGCACUCCCCAGCUCCCCUGGUUGGACGCCAACGGAAGAAGAGGACGAGCUUGCAAGACAGCAGAGAGAAAAGAGAGAUAUCCGGUUCUGGCCACGAGCUCGAGAGAUUGGACUUGAUGCCUUUUUUGAGCUUGGAGGGAGACAGAUCGUUGAUGAGGAAACCAAGUCCCGAAUAUUAGGGGCUGAAGGAGAAAGUGUGGAGCUUGACGUGGACCGCCGAUGGAUCAAGGAGACUGGUACAUUCCCACCUUCUGGGAACCGUGUAGCGGCUCAACUACUCGGUUUCAAGUUACGCUUCUACGCUUCCGACGUACGGGACAAAGACGAUCCUUUCCCGGCAAACCUCAUGUAUCUCACAGCAUUAUUGAUCAAGAUUGGCUUCAUCUCCCUCCGAGACGUAUACCCACAUAUUUGGCCUACCGAUGAGGACAUGCCGGCUCAGAUGGAGAAAAGAAAGGCAGAAUUAGCGGAAAAGGAGAGACUGAAUCGACCUGGUGGUGGUGCAGCAAAUGCUUUGACAAUGGCUGGAGCACUCCCAGAUGAUACCUUACCAAACAAUGGUAGAAUUCGGGAAACUGCAGCUAAGCCUGAUCCAGCCUCGAAACCUGCUCCAGAUGGCGAAGAGAAGGAUCAGCUAGGGGAGCCUACUGACCAGAAGGUUCUACUUUUGACCUGUCUCUUAACUAUUGGUGCAAUCCCAGAGUCGCUGUUCAUCCUUGGACGCUUUCCCGCGCUGACUGAGGCGCAUCCCGAACUUCUUGAUUUGGUCAACCGCAUCCUCAACCACUCGAUAAAGGAUGUAUACGCCGCGAGUCGACCCACGGCGAUACAGGAUGCAGAAUGCCCGACCAAGAAGAUACCGGACCCCGAUCAAAAUGGUGUGCCAAAGGGUCAAGUUCGACUCACUCAAUUGCAAACUCGCAAGCAGCUACGUUGGCCGUUUCCCGAUAAAUACGACACAAACGACAACCUGUCUUAUCGAUUCUACUGGGAUGAAUGGGCGGACAAUAUCCCUGUGUGUCAAAACGUCGAUGAUAUCUUCACUCUUUGCGAUACUCUCCUCAACAUCUCCGGUGUUAGCAUUGGCAAGGACGCCCAGUUACUGUCAAGGCUUGCGAGAAUUGGCACGAAAAGUCUCGCGGAGGAUCGGUCGCAAAGCAAUCUUGACAGAUGGCAAGAUCUGUUGAAACGACUCUUAGUCCCUAGUCUCAGUCUCAACAAAGCCAACACGGAGGUCGUCAAUGAGAUAUACAGUAUGCUGAAGUUCUACCCAAUAUCUACGAGAUACGCCAUCUACGCAGACUGGUUCGAGGGGAGGGUCACGCCGCAGUUACCGGCAAUGAAGAUUGCCUUUGAGCGAGCAAGACUUGAAACACUAAGUACUAUGAAGCGUAUCAGCGGGAUCAACGCCCAAACGAUGGCUCGAACUCUGUCCAAAACGGCUACCGCUAACCCUGGCAUUGUGUUCAAGGUUGCCUUGACCCAAAUCGAAUCUUAUAAUAAUUUAACGAAAGUGGUCGUUGAAUGUGCGAAAUACUUUUCGGACCUUGGCUACGACGUCCUCGUUUGGUCUCUAAUGAACGCACUUGGUGGACAUAAGAGAAGUCGCAACAAUGCCGAGUUUGCUCUCCUACCAAGUCGAUGGCUUCUGGCACUUUCAAAAUUCACGGGAGAAGUCUUCAAGCGUUAUCGAAUCAUGGACCUGGCACCAAUUAUCCAAUACGUCAACGAUCAACUUUAUCGCGGCAAUUCUACCGAUCUAGUCAUCUUAAAAGAGCUGAUAUCAGAGAUGGCCGGUAUCGUUCCAGACACGGACUUCAGCGACAAAGAGCUUCUUGCGAUGUCUGGCGGCCCAGUUCUGAGGAAGCAAACGCUCAUCGGUUUGAAGGACAGACGUUUUGAAUCUAUAAGAACUGGCGAUCGGCUUAUGAGAGCUCUAGUGGAGACAAAUCUCGCUGGUGAACUUCUCAUUUCUAUUGCACAGUUCCGCCAAUCCGCCAUUUACCGGAUUUCGGAUGAAGACGCACACAUCAAGAUGCUGGCCACUAUGAUCGAUGAUACGCAAUCAACCUUGACUCAGUAUCUCGAUCUUCUCCGUAGCAAUUUGACCAUUGAAGACUUUGACAAACAUGUUCCUGGCAUACCGGAGCUUAUCGCAGACUUCGGCCUCGCUCCGGCCCUCGCAUUCAUGGUUGGUCGAGCAAGUCUAGCCCAUCGCAUCUCGAAAGUCACACCGCCCUCGCCAAAUGGUGCCGUAAAGAGUCUCGCGGCAUCGACGGGAACCGCUCCGGUUAUCGUUGAUGCUGAUGGUGAUGUUGGCAUGGACGGUGGGGACAACACAGCUCAGGCAAGCGGCGAUGAGAGCGCUUCCCAACCCGCGGUAAUCAACGGCUGUGCUGAGGUCAAAGAGGACACGCCGAUGACAGAUUUGAAAAGCCAGAGUCCUCCACUGACUCCCUCAUCUACGGACCCAUUCGAAGAGAUUCUCGAACCCAUAAUCACUGGUGUUAAGGAUGCUCUCCCAAAGGAAGCUUUCAACUACAUCAGUGCAGAUUUCUAUGUCACCUUCUGGACUGCCACAUUGGGUGAUUUGUCUAUCCCUAGUUCGAGCUAUGACACUGAAAUCUCACGCCUCCUGAAUGAGCAGUCUCUGGUCAUGAAAGACAGAACGGACAUGACGCGAGCUGGGAUGUCAAUCAAGGAGAGCAGAAAGGAGGCUCUCAGCCAGACUCGAGAUGCUUUGAUGGGCGAAUUUGGAAAAUUUGUUGGAGGAUUCGGCAGAACCAAAGCUCGUCUUCUGAGACACAAGGCUGACUGGUUUAAGCCAUUUAAAGCUGAAGAUGUGAGCGAUGCGAUACUCGAAAAAUGUUUGAUCCCCCGCAUCUUGCUCUCCCCGAGCGAUGCAGAUUUCUGUUUCAAGAUGGUCAAAUUUCUACACGACAACGGAGUACCCCACUUCCGGCUUCUUUCGUUCUACGGCCAUCUCUUCCGAGCCAACCGCUUGCGAUCAAUCAUCUUCACUUGUACUAUCCGUGAGGCCGAAAACUUGGGCCGAUUUCUCCGUCUCGUUCUGGCUGACCUUGACCGCUGGCACAACAACGCUACUCUAUACGAAAAGGAAGCUUGGGGCGCAUCUGCGAAUUUACCAGGUUUCGCAAAAAUGUUGGAUGAGGAAGGGAAGCCCAAAUCCCUCGUUAGCUACGAUGGCACCAAGGGCUUCAAAUGGUUCCACUUUACCUGGCAUCAGCAAAUGUACACAGCUAUUCGGCUUUGCUUAGAAGGAGUGGAGUGGAUGCAUAUCCGGAAUGCAAUUACCAUAUUGAAGUCAGUCCUUGAAGUGUACCCAUCCAUUGAUUUCAUGGGGAACCACUUCAUCAAGCAGCUUGAGGGUAUAGCGAAGCGGGAAAAGGGCGUCAGAGAGGAUCUUUCUCUGACCGGCAAUGCCGUGCUAGUUGGAUUGAAGAAGAGGUCGAAGAGUUGGAUUAUGGUACAAGCGUUUGGGCAUAUUACAGUGACUGACAAGGCCCAAACGAACGGUAACGCUCCAGGAGCAAACCCUCGCAUCAGUACCCCAGCUUCAAAAUCCGCGUUGAAACCCACUGCUCCGGAAUUCAAGCCCCAAUCACGAUCCAGUUCGCGUGGUGCUACUACCCCUAAGCCAUUAACAACGACCGAAGUCGAAGAUGGUGAAGUCGACGAUGCAAAGACCUCGGUCUCUGCUUCAGUUGUUAAAAACACAGUCACUUCGAACUCUGAAACAAGAUCCACGCCGCCCCCUGGCUCAGCAAUCGAAUCAAAGAAGUCCGAUAUUCUGAAAGACAGAGAGAUUUUCAAACGAAACAAUGCAGCGAAGGCCACUCCGCCGCCGAGAGAUUCAACCAUCCCUCCCCGUCCAGAAAUCUCCAGGCUCUCUUUUGUUGAGCGGCCCGCUCCAAAUCUACCAACCAGGCCUGAUGCGCCAUUCCCGAGCCGUGACAUGCUAGACAGGCACCCGUCUCGCCACGGAGACCGGAGAGAUGGGCGAGACUCGCGAUUGCCUGAUGUGAGAGCUUUGGACAGGCCAGGAGGAAGAUUGGGAGACAGACCAGGAGACAGACCUGGGGAUAGACUCCGUGACUUCUCUGGCAGCGACCGCCGAGCAAUGGAUACAAAUCCAAGGGAUUCAUUCGGCUUGUCUGAUCGAAGCACCAGGGGCGAACGGGAUCGCGCUCGUCCUGACCCACCACCUAGAUGGACAGCUGAAUCUGCCCGGGAGAAUCUCGAGAGGACCUCCAACAGUACGCGAGGCGCUGAAAAUGGCCGACUCUCAAGGGAUAUGCCUCCUCCAAGAACAUCAGGAGCAGUAUCUGAGCGCGGUCCUCCCAACAACUCCGAUAGGCAGCCGCCAGUCAAUCUUGAGAGUCAAGAAUCGAUGAAUCCAGAGCUGGUGGCACUAAUAUCUGGGGAUAAAGAUACCGCUCGCUCCGACUCCCCUCGACGUGGUAGAGAGGACAUACGAGAUAGGGUUUCGUCCAGGCCUCAGUCGCCGAGGAGACAUGUCUCAGAAAAGGAUUACUCUGAACCGAGACGAGAUGAUCGAUCGCUGCGCAAUGGGGCCUCCGAUAUCUUCAAUUCCUCACGCAACCGCACUGACGAUGUUCAACCUCCACCUGCUGGACCUCGAAGUGAUAGACCGUCGGAUCGAAUGAACGAACGAAGCUCAAGCGAUCGAUCAGCCUUUCAACCGUCCCAGUCUUCGUCGAGGUCAGUUGAUCCAAACCACGGAAGGUUAAACUCAAUGCCCAGACAACAAGAGGAUCCCAAUUUUGGUCGCUUGAACCCGGCACCUGCGCCAGCAUCUACGGCAUCCCCAGAUAUUCCUUCUGGUCCCCGUGAUAGGAAUAUCAGGACAAGCCGAAAUCCGCCUCCGCCACGUCAGGAUAGAAGAGUUGAUGGUCCUCGUCCACCCACGCCCGAGAAGCAACCACCAACGGGACCCUCGAGUCGCAAUCCAAGACGCUCAGCGUCCGGUCAAUUUGAUCAGAUAUCAGCCUCUCAAGGGUCUGCAACAAGUACACCCGUAGCUGCAUCUUCAACACCAAUCCAUCCAGACCGCUUGAAGAACCUUGGAUCUACAGUUGCGCCUCCACCGCCGCCGAUGCCAGCGCCUGCUGUAGCAACUCCUCCUAUGCAUCCUGAUAGACUAAAAGCAUUGGAAUCCCCAGUCAUGCCUCCACCAGCGGUACAGCAGAGCACCAUCCGUGGCAGACCACCUCUUCCCCCAGUGGCGACAGGAUUUCCCCCGUCGGGCCCCAAAGGAUCGCAGCCAAGCCCAGGCGGCCUUGGAACGAACGGACUAGCGGCACCAACUGGCCCAGCCUCUGCAACCGAGCGUGCCGCUCGAGGUGGGAGACGACAGCUUGCUGGUAUCAAUACUAUGCUCCAACAAGCUGGGCAGCAAAACGCUCCUGAUCGGAACAUUCGCAAUCGGGCUAGAAUGUCUUCUGGAAUGGGACCAGAGACGCCAAUAUUAUCUCCUUCGAUCCCAGCUCCGCCUCCUCCUCCGCCGGGACCGCCCCCGGCAAGAGCGGAGACCCUUAGAGAUGCUGCAAGAGCUACCAUCCCCGAACGCGCUGAUCUGAUCACAGGCAAUGCUGCCCCAACAGAAGAGCGAGACAGAGAUCGCAGUGGACGGCGAGAGCGCUCUGGCCACCAUAGCAGAAGAGGCUCGAGAAGUCCUGGACGUGAGAGGGAUUCCAAGCGUGGUACGGCACCCGAGGAGGAUCGCUCUCGAAGCGAAUAUCGCGAACGUCGAGAACCUGAGCGGGAUAGGCAUGCACCCAGAUCGCCAGCUCGGGAUUUGAUUGCUGGGCGAGAUGCUGGCAGCGGUAGAGAAAGUGGUCGAGAGAGUGGACGAGAACGAGACCGUGAGAGAGAGAGAGAUGGGAGCCGACGUGAUGGCCGUGAGCGAGACGCUGCACGUGAGCCUCAUGAAACUGGAUGGAAUGGUGAGCGUGGCACCGAGCGAGGUGCAGAGCGAGGAUCAGAAAGAGGUAGUGGACGCAGCAGGGAGAUGAGAGGCGAUAUGCGGGGUGAAGAGCGACGAGAUAGUCGCAGCACAAGAGAGGAUGGAGGAAGAAAGAGACAUAGUGAGGAAGAGACGGAUUCCAGGGGAAGGGAGAAAAGACCAAGACGAUAGAUGAGGCGCAUCUAGAUGGGUGGGAUGGAUACACUUGGCUGAUCUGUACGAUGGGUUAAGAUGACACCUAAUUUUCGUUGCGUGCCUGCAUUGGGUGGCGUUUCUUACUUGCGAGCAACGGAAUAUUUUCGAGGCAUUUCAAGGCGAGAUGGGAGAUUGAUUGCAAUGUGAGAUAUAUUGAGAGACAGGGAAAGCGAAUUUGAUCUCCACUACCGUUUCUUUAGGUGGUUGUCACGAGCGAAUAGCAUCAGUGAAGAACUAAGUACGACUGACUGCU